ACACUUUAAUGAGUGUCGAGCUCCGAAGGUUUCCUAUUGGACACAGGAACUCGCUCAGUCGUACGUCCGACCGUUUAUGCAAAUCAGCUCUACCCGAAUAUGGACACGGAGGAAUGAGACAUGGUGGAGGAGGCGAACAUGGAGGACCGAGGACCGUGAGCACUGGCACUGUUUUUGGGGGGGUUGUAAGAACAAACGUGGAUGUACCUUCAGCGGGACCUUUUAAGCGGACAAGCUCGGUGGAAAGUUUUGUAUUUGCGUCUCCAUUUUUUGCUCCGACAAGUGCGUCGAGGUAGAGUUUUUGGGAAUGCGGUGAAGACCGACUUUUUCGGGGGGAUAAAAAGCAGGGCAGAGGGCUCCAGCCCUCUCACCAUCCCGACGCUAUGCCGUGGGUCAGCGGCGGUAAACGGAGAGAGAGCUCGGAGCUGCCGCUGCCCGCGGGCUGGGAGGAAGCCCGGGAUUACGAUGGCAGAGUGUUUUUUAUCGACCACAACACCCGGCAAACUUCAUGGAUUGACCCCAGAGAUAGGAUCACCAAACCGCUGACGUUCGCCGACUGUGUUGGAGACGAACUGCCUCUCGGGUGGGAGGAGGUUUAUGACCAGCAAGUGGGAGUUUACUACAUCGACCACAUCAACAGUGAGUACUAACCC